UGCAUGCAUGCCCUAUAUUCUGAAUUGAGACCACGAAUCUCAAGUUUACCCUUUUUUUCUUCUUCUUCUUUUGUUGAAUACUGUGAUAUUCAUCAGAGAUCAGAAGUUAUGAGCAUGAGAAUGAGUAGUGGUAAUUCGGAUUUGACUUUAUCAGUUUCAGAUGCACAUCCUGAAACAAUGGAUUUCCUUUCACUUGCAUGGUGCAACUUUGCCGUACAAGCUCUUGCCCCUCCUCCCCCUCACCUUCAAUUGGACCCUCUUCCUCUCGAUCUACCUUCCCCCAAAAAGAUGGAAAAUUGUGCUAAGAUGGAUGGUCCAGAUUUCAUGUCUCUUCCACCAUGGAACUCCAAUAAUGAUGUCAAGUCAUGGUUACGGAUGCAGCAAGCCAUGCAUCCUGAACUGAACUACAACACUUGUUUCCGCAAGAAAUGGAUGCCAUGGAAGGAAAUGGUGGCGCCUUUGAAGAGUGUGUCAAUAAAGAAAUGGUUUAAGGAGAUAAAGCAGAAGAGGAAAGAGGAGCAGAGGUUGCAAAGGGCAGAGGUGCAUGCAGCAGUAUCCAUCGCAGGUGUUGCCGCCGCUCUUGCUGCCAUUGCUGCUGACAACAAUAAUAAGAAGGAAAAUAAAGAUGAUGAUGAUGAUGAGUCCAAAAUCAAUAAGGAAGAGAGGGAAGCAGCCAUAGCAUCUGCGGCUGCAUUGGUGGCAUCGCAGUGUGCAAAAGUAGCUGAGGCCAUGGGUGCUAACAAACAACAACUCUCCAAUGUCAUUACCUCUGCCAUCACUGCCACUUCCACCACUGAUAUCCUUACUUUCACUGCUGCUGCUGCUACAUCACUAAAAGGAGCAGCAACACUAAAAGCAAGAACAGGAUGCAACAAUAAUAACAGACCUAGUGGGGGAGCCCCAGUCUUGCCUAUUGAAGACAACAACAACAACCACGACGACUUCAAUUUUGAUUUCGACAAGGGCAGAUAUAUUCUUGCACAGGGUGCUGAGCUAUAUGUGGAGUCACCAGAAGGGAAGUACAUGCCCAGAUCAGUUUCUGUGAUUCUAGACGGUAGAGCCAAGGUUGUACUUAUCAUGAGAAAGCAUAAUCUAUUUAAAAGCAAGAAAGAGAGUAUUGUGGUGAAUAUGCAUGCCGAGGUGUACAAAGGUUCAGAAGAAGCAGAUGGUGACACGUGUUAUCUGAUAGCUCUGACAACAAGAGGAGGGGCAUUAUUCAAGCUAGACAUGGCCACUGAUUUUCGUCGUUACAAGACAUGGGCCACCACCAUCAACCGGAUGCUCAAGAUCUCCGCUUAUCAUAAACAUGACCUCCAAUAUUACUGAAUCCAAUUACAUCUUAUUAUUAUUAUUAUUAUUAUUAU